CCGAGACAUGUAUGCGACCUGGCCGCUCCAGCUGUUCAAGAGCAACCCGAAAGCGGCGUCGUGGCCGCCGCCGGACGGCGGGAACUCGGGUUACCUCGUGGCGACGGACGGCGAGGACGAGGAGGAGGGCAUGAGCUGCAUGGGCAUGGGCGGCACGGCGGUGCACGACCUCCCGUUCCCGCAGAACCGUCUCAUCACGAUCUCGGACGCCGACAGCAGCGAGACCGUCCUGUUCAUGCCCGUCCUGGACCAGCCGCUGUCCUCCAACCGCUACUACGCCGUGAUCGCCUCCGGCAGGAAGAAGGGCCUCGUCAGGACCUGCUGCCGCGAGUCGGAGCUAAGCCACGGCUGCUUCACCCGCUUCAACCACGCCGAGCCGCGCGCGUUCGACCCGGCCGACGUCUACCAGCAGAUGGAGAUCAUCCAACGCCGGAGGGGCCAGUUCACGGCCAGGGCCGUCGCCGCGGACGGCUUCCCGUACUCGCUCUAUAGCAACAAGUACUGGCACGCGCGCGCCUCCAGGCCCAUGAAUUAUACGCUGGACCUCGGCGAGGCGAUAGGCCUCAACGCUGCGCUCAUCCGCUCGCGGCAACCCGACGACGCCUUCCGGGCGGUGGGGAGAUGGUACUGCCCGUUCUUCCACGUGAAGGAGGGCGGCGUCUCUCCGGCGGAGCAGAUGAAGCGCGCCGCGUACUACGGGGUGACGCUCGAGCAGCGCUGGGAGGAGCCGGUCUCGUCGGAGAAGCUGCCCAGCUUUAGGGCGCUCAUCGGCGGUAGCCUCGAGGCGAGGCAGGAGAGCUCGGUCGGGUGGUCAGGUUACGUGUCGUUCAGGGCACCUGCGGGGCAGAGGGUGGGUGUGUCCACGAGCGUGUGGCAGAGGAUGCGAUUUGAGCAGCGCAAUGGUGCUCGGGCCGACGCCGCCCGGGGGACCGGCCGGUCGGUGCCGGUGGAGAGGUUCGUGCUCAAGAGGACGGACGGCAGCGUCGCCGUGGCCUUCGACUUCCUGCGCGCGGCUCAACACCACCACUGAAUCUGUACAUUGACCAUAUUUUGAGCCCAACAAUAAGCGCGUGCCUUUUCCCUCUGCCGUUUUUGCUGCACUCGAUCUCCACAACACUU